AAAUAAACAUCAAACGCCGCCGCGAAGAAGAACCCGUGGAAACACUUUGUAAGAAUAAAAACCCUCUCCCUUGUUCCUAAAGGAGUCACUAUACAUCUCCAUAACCAACCCAUUAUAAUACGUCUUAACUAAUGAUUAAACACAGAUAUCCAAUCCGAACUCCACCAAACAAAGCGCCGCUUCACAGACUUCGUCUUCCAACGAGUCACUAUCAGUGGCAAAGAUGGGUCUCGUGUUGGCGGUGAUGGUGACGCUGGCCAGGAGUCAGGUAGUUCUUCACCAGCUAUUCCACCGUCAGGAAGAGUCUUGAAGACGCCUAGGUCGGUGAGCAGCUUGAAGGUUUCCAAGAAGGUGGCGGGGAGGAAUCCAUUUGCUGGUCUGGGUAUUGGGGGUGCGAGUGGGAGUGGGAGUGGUGCUGCUGGUGGGGUGCCGAUGGUAAGGGCUACGUCGCCGGGUGCGGAGUUCAGGGAGGAGAAGCGACUUGCAGUGGCGAGGAGGGAGAAGGAGGAAAAGGUCAAGAGGGCGUUGCAUUCUUCUGCGACAGCUCCUGUGCCUGCACAUGCGACUGGUCCUGGGUCUACGCCUGCGCCUGCACCGGCGAAAGCUGGGUCUGAAUCCCCCGCGCCUACGAGCCGGAGUGGGAGUGGGCGUGCUAGUCCGGCAUCUGCUGUAUCUUCAUCUGAAAAGGGGGCAGCGAAGACGGGCGUAUCCGCGUCAGUACGCCGCUUCCAGAUCUCGCGGUCCGUGGAUCUCCGCCGGAGUGUCGAGGGAGGCAUCCAGAAACGAAAGGGUCAAUCAGGUGAUGCCGUGGCGGUUCUGGUUGAGAAGUUAAGGGGCAAGUCGCAUUCGCGAAAGGCGUCGAUGGUGGUGGAUCAUUUAUCGCAGGCGGGUGAUGGUGCGAAGGUUGCUGCUGCCGCGGCAGUGGAAGAGCCCGCGCGACCUAGGAAACGGCCUGUUGUGAACCAGGCUGAGAAGAAGUGGCGAGAGGAGAGGAAGAAUGCAAUUUCCGCUGCGAAACAAAAUAUUUCGCACGUAAUGGAUAAAGGAGAGGAUGAAUCGGAGCGGUUGGCAAAGCAGUUUGAACAGAUUGCUCUGGAGCUGGAUGGUGAUGGUGGCAGUACUGUCAGAGAUACGGAAAUGAGCACAGCACCCGCACCAAAACCAUCUCCAACACAACCAAAGCCACCACUCAAAUACCAACCCCGAACACCAACUAAACCUCGUCCAGCAGAGACCAAAGCAUCCUCAAGGCUACCUUCCGAACACCAAUCCAGCGAAGCAGUCGCAACCGACUCAGAUAGCGACGAAGACUACGUCUACGACGUCUACAUCCGCAAGCCCCUCCCAGAAGCUGGCCUCUUCUCUAACCCGCUCACAGACCUCGAAACCGACCAAGACGCGUGGUUCCGCCAAAAUGGCAUCGACACGACACGCCAGGACAUUGGUGUCAUUGUCAUUACCCAGGAAGACGAGGGGUACUGGGAGAACUUUGUCGAGAGUGAUGAGGAGGAGGAGUGGGAUGAUGAGGAUGCGGAUUCGAAUGGUACCUCCCCCCUUACCCGUUUCUGAACAUCUUUCCUUUGGACAGAAUAAGAAUGCUGAUUAUAAAAGCGGAAAAUAACCCCGCAAACGACUACCCUGACGAAGAACUCUCCUGGGACGAUGAAGACGAUGACCCGUCAGCUGUGUAUGGGAGGUAUCGCCAUAACGCAGUUUCUGAUAACGAGGAAUUUGACUUUGAUGAUUCUGCGAGUGAGGGGUAUGGUGCGAGCAGUAGGAGGUAUGGGCGGUUUGGGUAUACGCAGGAUUAUU